UGCCAUAGUUUCACACCCCGGCCUUAAGGGGUAGGAGCAGUUCCACUAUGACAUUCUGAGAACCAACUACGCAAAGUGAGAAUUUGAAGUUUCUCUCUUGUUUUUACCUCAUGGAUUCUGCCUGAGGCCUGUUGAUGGUAAAUGGUGGGGUUUCUCGAAAGAAAAUUCUUAGGUUCUCACAGCUGCUGAAGGACAGGUCAUGUGGGCGAGUGGUUCUUUCCCGUCUCCUUAUUCUAGGUCUUCUUGGAGAGUUGGACAGUCCAAAGCUGGCUGGAGACUGUUUGACUAUUUGACACAAGGAUGACUCGCCUGAAUCUCUAGCCAGGAACAAAGGGGCCUUUGGCUGGAGUUUCCCCAAAGUUGGUGGUGAGAAAGGCUGAGGGGCCACUCCAAAGGAGAACCUUGGGGAUGAAUGAGGAAUUGGAGAAGAAGAAGACAUAACUAAUUUCCUUCCUGGUGUCGGCCACUUUAAAUGGUCUUUCUGCUCGAAUCUGGUGGUCAGACCCAAGAAAUUUGGCACGGAGGAAGGGGGUGGGUGGGAAAAACCAUGACAUUAUUGUCCUUGUAUCUUCAAUGGAGGACGCAUCUCAGAUAGAUAUUGGAAAAUAACGCAACACGGGCCAGAACUGGGUUUCGGGAAGGAUGUACCGUGAGUAAAAGUAUGUUCCACCUGCUUUGAGAGUUUUCUUCUGCUUCCCGUUUGGAACUCCUGACAAAUGCAGGAAUUUACAAGGCUGAGGUUCAUCAGGGUCAUCAUAGAGGAAUUGGGCCUCCCCCCCCCCAAUUUUGUGGGGCCACUAAUACCAUUGGCCUGAGUGAUCUUUAAUAUUGAAACCAUGUCGUGCUACCCCAAACCUGCCAGUCGGAAGUUUCUUCUGCUGAGAUAAAAUCAGCCCACCUGUUUGACUUCCUGUUCAGAUCUUCUUCUUUCUUUUGACUGUUUUCAGAGCAUCUUCUUCAUUCAUGGAUGAAGAUCACAUCAUGUCCUACAGUGGAGCGGUCACAGACGACUACAAUGAGAGCUAUUCCUUCGACUGUUGCUUGACCCAGCCAUGCGAUUUGAUCCCCUACCAGGAGUUUUCCAGGUGGUUUCUGCCUCCAUUCUACUACCUAAUUUUUCUCCUGGGUCUCGGAGGCAACCUGAUGGUCAUCGCCGUCUUGCUCCUGGACCGAGCCCCCUUACUCGGGACCGACAUCUUCGUCUUCAACCUGGCCAUCGCGGACAUUCUCCUGGUAGUCACGCUCCCCUUCUGGGCUAUCCAGGCCAUUCGUGGUUGGGUCUUCAAGGACUUUCCCUGCAAGGUCGUCGGCAGCAUGCUGAAGAUCAACUUCUACGCCAGCGCCCUCUUCCUCAUAUGCAUCAGUUUCGAGCGGUACCUCUCCAUCGUCUACGUCAUCCGGAUGUACAACAGGAACAAGCGUUUCAUCAUCUACACCACCUUGUUGGUUUGGUUUGUCUGCUUCCUGAUGACGGUGCCCGACUUCGUGUACCUGACCGCUGAGUUUGACAGUCGCCUCAAUGUCACUUCCUGUGGUCUCGUCUUCCCUCAGCACAGUACCAAGAUGUGGAAAAUCGCCCUCAUCAUCAUCAACCAAGUGGUGGCUUUCUUGCUCCCUCUGGUGGCCAUGAUCUACUGCUACUUCCACAUCAUCCUCACCCUCCUGCACUCCAAGGGCUUCCGAAAACACAGGGCCCUCAAGGUGAUCUUGGCCGUGGUGGUAGCCUUCUUCCUGUGCUGGUCGCCCUACCACCUGGUGCAGUUCAUCAACACAUUGCUCCAGCUGCAACUCCUGGAGAAGGAUUGCCAGUGGGAGGAUAAUCUGGACAUCGCUGACAUCGUCACCACCAGUUUGGGUUUCUUUCAUUGUUGCCUCAACCCAUUGCUCUAUGCCUUCGUCGGGCUCAAGUUCCGGAACAAGCUCCUGAUGGUGCUGAAGCGACUUGGUUGCAUCAAUCAGAACUUCUGGAACAGGCAUUUCAGAGUGUCCGGUCAAUCGAGAGAUUCCAGUUGGUCCGAAAGCACAGACUGCUCAAAUAACAUCUUGUAGAAUAUUCUGUGGCCAUAAGAGCGCCAUUGCUAUCCCAGAAUUCUCCUCUUGGCUCCUCUGCCAGCGGAGGGAAACUGGCACUCCGUUGGUACACGCUAGUCCUCGACUUAACAAGUAUUUGUUUGGGGGACCCAUUCGAAGUUACAACAGCGCUGGAAAAAAAAAGUGACUUAGGACUGGUCCUCAUAGUUAAAGACUGUUGCACCAUCCCGACAGUUGUGUGAUUAAAAUUCGGGCUCUUGGCAACUGGCAUGUCAUAUGAUCACCGUUUGUGACCUUCCCAGUUGGUUUCCAAAAUGCCAAGUCAAUGUGGGGGAAGCUGGAUUUGC